GCGGGACUGUGGGUCUGGCUGUGGUCAGACUGUGAUUCUCCCUCCCGCUGCAGAACGACUCUGACUUUUUGAGGGCUGCUUUUGAGGACUCAGGCCCCGAAGCUGCCCCAGGGAGGUCCCUGUUGCAUACUGCUACUCAAGCUGUGUCUCAUGGAGUCUACGUUCAGCACCCCUGCAGAGGCGGUGCUGCAGCGGGAGGCGGGGGUCCCGGGACUGCUCACUCCUCCCGAGGACCUCGACCGAGUGUAUGAGCUGAAGCGAAUCGUUGGAUUUGUCCGGGACCUGGAGUGUCAACGGGUGGCCUUGCAGUUUCCUGACCAGCUACUGGGAGAUGCUAGGGCCGUGGCCGCACGACUGGAGGAGAUCACGGGAUCGAAGAUGUUCAUUCUGGGUGAUACAGCCUAUGGCAGCUGCUGUGUGGACGUGCUGGGCGCUGAGCAAGCUGGAGCUCAGGCUCUUGUACAUUUUGGCCCUGCCUGCUUAACUCCUCCAGCCUGCCUAUUGCCAGUUGCCUUCGUCCUUGGUCAACGUUCUGUGUCCUUGGAGCUCUGUGCCAAGGCCUUUGAGGCCCAGAACCCAGACCCCAAAGCACCUGUGGUGCUGCUGAGUGAGCCAGCCUGUGCCCACGCCCUGGAGGGCUUGGCCACUCUCCUGCGCCCACGGUACCUGGACCUGCUAGUCUCCAGCCCAGCUUUUCCUCUGUCACUUGGGUCCCUCAGUCCAGAGCUUAAGCCCCUGGAGUGUUUUGGGCGCCGUUUCCCUCUGGCCCCAGGGAGGCGUCUAGAAGAGUAUGGUGCCUUCUAUGUGGGGGGCUCUGAGACCAACUCUGACCCCGACCCAGACCUGAGCCGGCUGCUCUUGGGAUGGGCCCCAGGGCAACCCUUCUUUUCCUGCUGCCCAGACACUGGACUUACUCAGGAUGAGGGUGUCCAGGCUGGGAGGCUGAGAGCACGAAGGCGAUAUCUGGUAGAGAGGGCCAGAGAUGCCCGAGUAGUGGGGCUGCUGGCAGGCACACUGGGUGUGGCCCAGCACCGUGAGGCACUGGCACACUUGCGGAAUCUGACUCAAGCCGCCGGGAAGCGUAGCUAUGUGUUGGCCCUGGGGCGUCCCACCCCCGCCAAACUUGCCAACUUUCCCGAGGUGGAUGUCUUUGUACUGUUAGCUUGUCCUCUGGGGACCCUAGCUCCCCAGCCUUCUGGUAGCUUCUUCCGGCCUAUAUUGGCACCCUGUGAGUUGGAGGCUGCCUGCAACCCUGACUGGCCACCUCCAGGCCUGGCUCCCUACCUCACACAUUAUGCGGACUUGUUACCUGGCUCUCCCUUCCAUGUGCCCCUCCCACCGCCUGAGUCAGAGCUGUGGGACACCCCAGAUGUGUCACUCAUUACUGGGGAGCUUCGACCCCCACCUGCCUGGAAGUCGUCAAAUGAUCCUGGAUGCUCAGCCCUGACUCCACAGCCCCAGCUAGAGCUCAUUGAGAGCAGCCCUGCUGCUUUAUUCCUUAGUUCCCGGAGUUGGCAGGGGCUGGAGCCCCGCCGGGGUCAGACACCAGUGACAGAAGCUGUGAUUGGAAGACGAGGGAUUGCCAUCGCCUAUGAGGAUGAGGGAAGCAGCUGAUACUGUGUGGGGCCAGAGACACAGAUAGACUUAUCAGUCACUGCUAGGACUACCUGUACCUUUAGUGCUUCCUGUACCAAACUCCUAUUCUCUUGGCAGGAUCCUGGAAAGAGCCUGGGUGGGGGAGGGCAGGCAGUCCCUCACUGGGGAUAGGAUUUGUCUCUGGCACAAGGCUUAGCACAUAUUGGCUUAAUAAAUGCUGACUUGGCACCUGUGGCUCAAGCGGCUAAGGUGCCAGCCAUAUACACCUGAGGUGGCAAGUUCAAAUCCAGC